CUAUGCUAUUUUUCAACCCUAUCUUAACUCUCUCUUUAUUGAUCCGCCCUUCAUUUUUGCGUUCGUUUGUCGUCAAGUAUAGCACCAUCUUUGCUCGUCACUGCGCAGUCUAAUUAUGCCAACCGUCUUACUGCCCUCGUCGGCAGCCGCAUUCGCACCACGCUCGUCGCCGAACGUGGUGUUGAAUGCGCGCAUCGAGCCCUGGCUGACUGCCACCCUCAAAAGAGUGAACCGAGUCAAGCGACCCCUUAACAAUGUCACCCAGCAUACCAGAUGCCUUACGGAGACCCUGUCAUCCCCCGACGCCAUCUGGACGCUGUGCUCUUUGAUGUUUCCCAAGGCCCCCGAUGCGGAACUCAAGAAGGACGACAACCCACUCGUUGAGGCCAUGUACAACUACCAAAUGGUCCACGUCGAAGCGUACGUCGUGCAUGUCGACAUGGUUUCGCAGAACGAAGUCGCCUUUAAAUUGACCCCGGAGACCAUCGAGGCUCUGGUCGACUACCACAAGGACAUCUAUUCCGUCGACACGGCUGCCAGCACCUGGGACUGGCCCGACAAGGAUAGUCAGCUGAAGAAGCUGCACGAGGAAUUUGUGCAAGCCGUCAACAAGUUCGUCUAUCGCACAGAGGCGCUCGCGCUGGAAGGGCUCGAGGAGGAUGGCGCAGGCGAACUGCUUGGUGGCCGCAGCGAUGACGCGAAGGCGGCGAUAACCAGUCUCUUCGUGCCUCUACUUCCCCCGCCGCCACGUGUAGUUGACGUCCUCCGCUCGACCCCUCUCCUUCCCAGCUCGACCGUACCGGGAACCUGGUGGCAAGAGCCGAUGCCACAAACACUGCCUUUGGAGUCGUGGAAGGUACUCCCAUCCAGCCCAGCAACAACCAGCACCGGCGAGCCGAACGCUGGUAUGUGGACCACCAUGAACGGCAUGGGAGAAGCGCAGCUUACUUCCCCGACGUUCAGCCAGCCAUAUACCACGUCACCAUACAAUGCGACACAAUACUACAGCACAGCGGCGACGUCGGCGGCCAUCGCGGCGCUCCCGCUGCCGAGCAUGCUAGUGCAACCGUGCAGCACAGCGGCUGGUCUGGCGGGGUUUGGAUGGGAGAACCGGUACCAAGAUUUUACACUGCCAUACGGGACAACAAUGUAACAGGUCCAUGGAACCAGACACUUGAUGUUAACGGUAUCCCUGACUUCGCGUGUCUUUGGAAUAGAUCCGAGGAUCCGUACCGACAACAUGACUACGGCUCCAUGCCACCGGGGCCCGCGUACACACAGUCACGAGAACGACCGGGGUCCUAUCCCCACGGAUACCCUCAUCAGACUAAUUGGCAUCAAUGACGGCGUUACCCUUGAUGAUUUGCGAAACACAUGAUACACCCUCACGUCUUUGCAUUGGUUUUCUUAUCUCGUUUUUAUUUUCGAUGACACCAGUUUCCACCACAAGUGCCCUGUUCCUUUCGUUUGCCUUUGACAGCGCUAGCGUUAUUUGUUUGAUUUUUCUCGUUCUAUAGCAUCAAGAGCGGCGGGUCGGCUGUUUGUUCUG